AUUUCAAAUUCAUAUUGACAUGAUUCGCACUUAAAAUAUUGAAUAAUGAUUGACAAUUUAAAAAUUACGUUUUACAAAUAUGUCUUCGUUUGAAAAGUGUUCGACUCGACUAUAUAUAUGCUAUAAGUGAAUACGAAACUUUCCAUACAUCGUUAUUGGAAUGAAUGCCAUAAUUAAAUAAUGAAAAGAUCCCGCAUUACUUAGUAAAACAAAUAUAUGUUAUUGUUUACGUUUAAUUAAACAGAAUGCGAAAACGAACGGUAUGGUCUUGCAUGUGAGAAAAUUUGUGGUAAUUGUAAAAACAAGGUGCCAUGUAACAAACUGUCCGGCGUAUGCCCUGGGGCAUGUGGACUCGGAUAUAACGGGACGAUGUGCAUUGAAGCAUGUGAUGUCGGUUUCUUUGGAGACAAUUGUUCAGCAGCAUGUGGCAAAUGUAAUGGCGCGUGUCAACAUAUAGACGGCAUAUGUUCACAAGGCUGUGAACAUGGCUUUGCUGGCGAUCUUUGUAUGACACAACUGAAUCAGUCUAAGCUCAUAGGACCAGCUGUUGGUGGUUCGGUUGGUGGUAUUGUGGUAAUCGCAAUCGUAAUUGUAUCAAUAAUCGCAAUUAGAAGAAGGCGUUCAACACCAACAAAAAGACACCAGGUCGACGACAUUCUUGUUGCGAUUCAGAAUGACAAAGAUUCUAAAAUCGACCAAACGCCGACAACGUCAAAGACUAAACCUCUGAAAGGCCCAAAUGAAGCUAUUUCAAACGCAGUGUAUGCAAACACCGGGUCUCCAGAAGAAGACGGCCUUUACUACAACAGCGAACCACUACAUAGAGAACGUAAACGUACCGAAAUACGUCUCAUUGCUGUCGAUAAACUGCGAGAGUUCGUAGGAGACAACUACCAGAACGAAAAACUCUUCCAUCAAGAAUUCGACAAAAUACCAUAUGGUCUUCAACAUCCGACGAUUGUGGCAUCUGCAGCCACAGGCAAAAAUAGAUACAAGGAGAUGUAUGCAUACGACCAUUCUCGAGUGAUUCUCAGAAGAAUCGCCGAUGAACCAACUUCCGACUACAUCAACGCCUGCCAUGUCGAUGGCUACACGGAAGAUAAAAAGUAUAUUGCGUCUCAAGGUCCAGUAAAUCCAAUGGUAGGCGAUUUUUGGAGAAUGGUGUGGGAACAAGACGUCUGUAUUAUUGUUAUGGCUACGAAACUCGUUGAAGAAGGAAAGAUGAAAUGUUUGAAAUACUGGGGCGAAUGAAAACCGAUAAUACACGGCACCUUUGCGGUCACACUUUCAGAAGAAAAAGACUAUUCAUGUUAUACAAUUCGAACGAUUACUUUGCAUGAAAAGGAUAAACCUCAUAUUUCUCGCAACGUGACCCAGUUUCACUACACUACUUGGCCCGAUAAAAACGUUCCAACCAGCAGCACAAGCCUCGUUCAAUUCUGGAGAAAGAUAAGGUGUCAAAAGAGAACCGCCAAACAACCAUGGCUCAUAC